CCCCAGGCACCACCCCGCAGGAAGCCUCGGAGAGCGAGCGAGUGAGUUUUCUGCAGUCAGGGUCCGGCCGGCCAGCACGCGCUUGGGGUGCCGGCGAUCUGCUUGCCGGGGUCGAGGCGCCAUGGACCUCUGGAGGCAGUGUACUUCCUGGCUGGUGCGCUGUCAGGUGCUGCCCUCCACCCACCGGCUGGUGUGGGACAGCGCGCAGGUGUGUGACUUGGCGUACGCGCUGCGCGAUGGCGUCCUGCUCUGCCAGCUGCUCAACAACCUGAAGCCCCAAUGCAUCAGCCAGCGUGAGAUCGUCUUGCGGCCGCAGAUGUCGCAGUUUUUCUGCCUGAAGAACAUCAGGACCUUCCUCGGUGCCUGCGAGGUCCACUUCGGGAUGAGGUCGAGUGAGCUCUUUGAGGCUUUUGACCUCUUUGACCUCCGCAACUUUGAGAAGGUCAUCGACUCCUUGUCCAACCUGUCGCACACCACCACGGCAAGGCACAGAGAGAUAGAACCUUUCCCGGUGGAACCCUGUCUCCCUGAUGAGGACAUCUACAGCGGCCUGUCUGAGGAAAUAGACUGCAUGGAGGAUGGCGGCGAUGACUUGUACGACUGCGUGGAGGACGAGAGCGAUGAAGGCGAAGACAUUUACGAGGACCUGAUGAGGUCGGAAGAACCUCCAGAGUGGGAGCAGAAGACCAAAGAGGUGGACAAGAGAAGCUGCUGCCUUCAGGAGAUAGCACAGACAGAGGAGAAGUACAGCAACACAUUGGAGUCUAUCAUACAGCAUUUCAUGAGGCCUCUGCAGCAACUUCUGCAGCCGCAGGACAUCGAGGCGAUCUUCAUCAACGUAGAGAACUUGGCGGAGACUCAUCGUGGGCUGCUUAAGGAGACCCAUCACUCCAUCUUCAUGUGUGGAGCCUCGAAUCUCCACCAGGUGUUUAUCAGCUACAAAAACAGGCUGCUACUCUAUGGACGCUACUGCAGCCAGGUGGAAGAAGCCACCAAGCACUUGGACCAGCUGUCUAGCACUUACACGGACGUGCAGACGGUGCUGAAGGAUUGUUCCCAGCGUGCCAACAACGGGAGAUUUACCCUUCGAGACCUGCUGAUGGUUCCCAUGCAGAGAGUGCUCAAAUACCACCUACUUCUCCAGGAACUGUUGAAACACACCGUCGCUCAAGCGGAGAAGGAGAACCUGCGCUCAGCCCUGGAUGCCAUGCGGGACUUGGCGCAGUGUGUCAAUGAGGUUAAACGGGACAAUGAGAUAAUUCGGCAAAUCACCUCCUUCCAACUGUCCAUCGAGAACAUGAGACAAUCACUUGCACAUUAUGGCCGCCCCAGGAUUGAUGGGGAACUGAAGAUAUGCACUCCGGAGAAAAAAUCUAAACAGGACAGGUACAUCUUCCUGUUCGACAUGGCCAUGGUGGUGUGUAAGAGGAAAAGCGGGGACGUCAUGGGCCUGAAGGAGAUCGUGGAGCUGGAGCACUACCGGCUCUCGGACGAGAUCGAGGAGAAGGACAAGAAGUGGUCGCACUUGUUCAUUCUGGUGGAUUCCUACGGACAUCGCAAUUUUGAACUGUACUGCAAAACCAAGGAGUUGAAGAGGAAAUGGCUUGAACAGUUCAGCAUCGCCUUUUCCAACGUGUUUCCUGAGGGCAGGAAGGCCAACAACCAUGAAUUUGAGAUGCACAGCUUUGGGGAGACCGUAUCCUGCGCGGCCUGUCAUAUGCUGCUCAGAGGUAUCUUCUACCAGGGCUACCGCUGUACUGUCUGCUCAACCUCUGCUCACAAGGAGUGCCUGGACCGUGUUCCUGUCUGCAAGAAAAAGUCAGAGCACUCAGGCACCAUGAGAAAGCGAGAACCCAAAAGACCAGCACUGGAAGCAGAGAAAGAAAUGCCAAGGAUGGAGGUGUUUCAGGAGUAUUGCGGGAGACCUCCACCUCCCGGGGGGGCCUACCAGGCACUCCAUCUGUCCGUGGGUGACGUCAUCGAGCUGCUGACGGCCAAUGGGAUGCAGCAGUGGUGGGAGGGCCGGAACUUGGUAACCAGUGAAACAGGAUGGUUCCCAUGCAGUAACGUCGGACCGUUUACCCCUAAACCGGAGAAAGACCUGGAGGCGUUUCCAUGGUUUGCAGGAACCAUCGACAGGCACGUAGCAAAGAGCCUGUUAAUAUCUCGGCCAGAGGGGACCUACCUCGUCCGGCAGAAGGAGUACAAUGACUUCGCCAUCAGCAUCAAGAUCAAGACGGACGUCAAGCACAUCAAGAUCACUUAUAUCAAUGGGAUGCUGCACAUAAAUGAGAAGAAAGCCUUCAAAGGGUUAAUCGAGCUGGUGGAGUACUAUCAGCAGAAUACUCUGAAGGAGUGCUUUAAGGAACUGGACACAACCCUGCAGAUCUCCUACAAAGGGCCUGAACAGACCAUGGCCCAGUCCACGUGGAGUGAGGAUGCGCAUCACUCUCAGUUCGCACAGACAGGCGACACGUCUGCCUCCUCACCGCUGAGCUGGGCACGGGUGCUGUAUGACUUCUCAGCACGUGACUCUUCAGAGCUGUCACUGCGCAUGGGGGAUGAUGUGAAAAUCAUCUCCAAGGACACUCCUGAAGGAUGGUGGAUGGGCGAGUCUUACGGGCAGACUGGGCUCUUCCCAGCCAAUUACGUGCAGGAGAACUACUCUGAAUACUGUUGACAAGUUGCUGGGAUGCAGAGUCACGAGGUCACAAAUUAAAGAUGGAACCAGGAGGAAAAUGGAGCCUAACCACUGGGCAAAGGAUGUUCUCCGCUGUUACUACUCUCACCGCCCCGAUUACCUUGUUUAAUUGUCGUUUAAAAAUCUAAAAAUCAUACUUCAGUUGUUUUUUUCUAACCUUAAUAAAAAUAUACCAGCUGAAUAUAUCUAUGCAGUUUCCCCGAUUUAUUAAAAAUGAACCCAAUAUCAUUUUUACACCAAAUGUAUUUCUGAGAAAUUGUAUAUUUUGAGAUUCUUUAUCAAAUACUUUGUAUAAUAAACUGUUGCAGUGACUGGUAAUUGAA